AUGUUUUCUAAACAAUUUCUAAUAAUUUUCUCGAUUUCAAUAAUCGGAUUAAUUAAUGCAAAUACAUGGGAUAAAGUGAAAGACUGGCCAUAUGACAUACCAGCUGUAAUUUCAGAAUUUGUGAAUAAAAUUCUUCGAUUGUAAGUUAUUUUUAAAAUGCUCAAUGCAUUCUUGGAACUUGCAGGUUUCCUCGAGUUCUCAAUAAAAAUGAUGAGCUUACGUUGUUAACUGAGCUCACAAAGUUGAUACACGAUGACAAUUUGACAGUUAUUAUGUGUGGUAGAACUUUGGGAACCGGUGCUGACGGGAAAAUAUCACUCUACGAUUAUAUACGUUUUGAACGAAAUCGUUACAUUGAACGUUUUCCUGAGAUAAUCAAUCUACACGCGAUUCAACAUCCCGAAGAAACAUUGAAUUUUGAAUUCGAUAUAACAAUGAGAAGUUCGAUGGGAUUCUAUGAUAACAGAACAAUAAAAAUCAGUGCAAUUGAUACUAAUACAAAUCCCGUUUUCUUUGACAAUUGGAUUAUAAUUCGAGUUGAGAUAAGUGGAAGUUGUGUGGAUUCAAAAAUUAUGAAUAGAAGUUUGAUAGUUAAUGAAUGGGUUCCUCUAUUAGGAUAUGGAUAUGUUAACAAAACUGCAGAAAAUGUUAUGAAUGAUGUGAUUAAAGCUAUUCCUUUCAACAAUAAGCAUUUCUUUGAUUAUCGAUCUACAAUUUUUUUCAAGCAUGUAGAUUCUGAAGAUGCGUUGUGUAUGUUUGAAUAUUUAUUGAAUAUAGAUUUUUCUCAAAUUAUUCUUCCAGUAAACUAUUUCGCAUGGGUCAUACAUUUCCUAAAACACUUCAAACAUCGCGCUGAAUUAAAUUCUUUCAUCAUCUCUGAGAACAUUGAUCAUAUCGUUUUCCGAACAUCGCAUGUCUUUGAAAAUAUCAAAAACAAUGAGAAAACUGAAAAUUGGCAUUUUAUUAUUGAAGUAACUUGUGAGCAUUUACGAGUUGCUAUGAAACCACAUAAAAGAAAUGAGGUUUGGACCAUUAAACGAAUGCAAUUCAGACCAGAUUAUGAUCUUUUUAAUAAUAUUGAAAGACAGAGGGAAGCUUUGAUGGAAGAAGUUGAUGUAUUGAUUGAAGAGUAAGUUGGUUUUUUUUUUUUGAAAAAUUGAACCACGUGCACUGGUCAGUUCUGGUUUCUAAUCUUUAUUACAGAAUUGAGAACGUUUUUGAAAAUCGACCAACUAAAAAUGCAAAUAAAAUAGAAUGGUAUGGUCGUGCUUUACAAUUCUUCAACCCCGAACUCGUUCCAAAACACGACAACAAAUCGGAUCUUUUCAAAAAAGUAUUCGAAGUUUCGUCAUCAUUAAAUGUAAGAUUUAUUAUUAAUUUCAAUAAUUUGGUAGUCCAUCUUUUAGCUUGAAAAGUGUGAUAAAAUUCUGGAAAAGGAUGGGAAGAAUCUAAUGGUUAACAUUUAUUGUCAAUAUUGGUAUUUAUCAAGUGAAAAUCGGAAAUUGUCAAGGAAGGUAAAAUUGGAAAUUAUCGGAGGAAUGGUGAGGUUUGAACGGAAUAGAAUUGUUUUGUUAAAAACAAUUUUUCAGGACUCAUUCAAGAUCGAAGCAAUUAUAAGAGUAAUUCGGAUAUUUGAUCCAAUAAAAAUUACAACUAAAUACAGAAAUGACAAGAUUUAUGUAAGAUAGAUUUCAUUUUUUUGAAGAAAAAAACCUAUGUGAAUUUUCAGUCAUCCUUGAGUUAUAGAGACACAGUGAAAAUUAAUUUUAAUUAUUUCGCGGAUUUAGUUACAAGAUUAUUAAUUGGACAAUCAAGUUAUGAAUAUUUGGAUUGGGAAAAUAAUUUCAAAAAACUUGUUGAAUACACCAACAACAAAGAAUUUCAUGCAAAAAUUUGCGGAAAAUCCUACAAGAACAAUGCAGCAGCAGCAUUUUUCAAAAAAUAUCUGGAAAGAAAUCGAAAAACAACGAAGCUUUCGAAAUUUGAUAUUGAAUUGUUCACAAUUAACGAGGUAUCCAGUACACAUUUUAAAAUUGUUUAUACAUCGAUUAAUUCAAUGGGUUUUCUCGCCACUGAAAAUUAUACAUUCAGUGCGCAAAAAAGUUUGUUGGCAAGAUGGACAAUUGAAUCAGUUGGAAUCAAUGGAUCUUGUAUUUAUGAGAAUUUGAAUAUUGAUUCAAUUCAUUCAAGGAUAUCGGAAAAUGUGGACUUGAAUAAAGAAAUCAAUGAAGUUGUUAACGGAAUUCAGUAAGUUUGAAUUUCAUUAAAUAUUUAUUCAUUCUAGUUUUUCAUUUAAAGAAUUCCAUAUAUCGAGAAUGAAAAUAAUAUCAAUGUUAAUCUAUAUUCUGAAAAUUUUGAAGGAUACAUCGCUGCCAACCCAAAUAUUAGAGAAGUUUAUCAACUUCCAGAUUUCACAACUUAUUUACGUAAUUUUGUGGAAGUUAAUAAAUUGAGACAGCGAUCGAAUUCAACAAUAAUUAAAAUUGAACCGAAUAGUUUUGUUGUGAUGAUGUCAAUGAUUUUUGAUCAUUUUAUAUUUCACGUAAAUCAAUCAUCAAAUGAUGAAUGGAUGUUUUUUAUUGAAGGAUCAAGAAAUGCUGAAAAGAAAUGGGAAAUAAUAAAACUAGUUAUGUCACCAAGAUUAGAGUUUCUCACAAAUAAUAUAACUCAACGAAGAGCAGCAACUUAUCAUAUGUUGCAUUCAGAACACGAGUAGGUUAAUAAUUAUUUUAUACUAGAUUCAAAAUAAUUUCAUUCUUCCAGCUACUCUGACAUUCUUAAAAAAGUGAAAGAUAUGCCACGAAAUUCAAGUCAUCCAAAACUUGAUAUAGAAAAUUGCGAGUCCAGAAUGUACAACCUGGGCACAGCUCUGGAAUUUCACAAGUUUUUCAUACGUUUUGUGGAAUUUUUAAAAUUAUCAGAUUUCAAAACUGUCAUUGAUCAAUGGAGAAAACCUCCAGUAUUCAAGUCGUUUGAAUCUUUUUCUUUUGAAAUCAAAUAUGAAUUGACGAUUUCUGGAAUUCGCAAAGCAUUUGUGGUUAAUCAUUUUGCAGAAUAUGUGAGAUAUUAGAAAAAUUUACAGAUUAAAGUUAUAAAUAAGAUUUUGCAGAACUUCAAGCAUGGAUAUUAUCACGAUACAAAACUUGAGCUAACUUGUCCAGUUGAUAUUGCAAGAUACUAUAAAUUCCCAAGAAAUUAUCAUUAA